AUGGCCUCUCAGCUUCUGUUGUUGGCUUUCCUUGCCAUAAUUUCUUCCAUUGCUUUGGCAUCUGACCCAAGUUCUCUUCAAGAUUUCUGCGUGGCUGAUCCGAAAACCUUAGAUAUACUGGUGAAUGGUGUUGUCUGCAAGGAUUCCAAACUUGUUGAUGCCAAUGACUUCUUCUUCAGUGGGCUUCACCUAGCAGGAAACACAUCAAACGCAGUUGGCUCACACGUGACCCCUGUUAAUGUAGCUCAAAUAUCAGGACUUAAUACUCUUGGCAUCUCCAUUGCGCGCAUCGACUAUGCACCAUGGGGAAUUAAUCCUACCCACACACAUCCUCGAGCAAGCGAAAUCUUAACAGUCCUGGAAGGGAGCCUCAAAGUGGGUUUUGUCACCUCCAACCCUGAAAACCGCCACAUCACCAAGGUGCUUCAGAAGGGUGAUGUGUUUGUGUUCCCAGUAGGCCUUGUGCAUUACCAACAGAAUGUCGGAUAUGGUAAUGCAGUUGCUAUUGCAGCUCUCAGCAGCCAAAAUCCAGGUGUCAUUACCAUAACAAAUGUGGUAUUUGGAUCAAAGCCGGACAUCUCUGCGGAUAUUCUUGCAAAGGCUUUCCAAGUGGAUGAGAAUGCGGUCUACAAUUUCCAGUCCAAGUAG